GGCCGAGUCAGUCCUCCCAAAACUGUGCCCUGGAAGGUGCGGAGCACCCCCGGGGGAAGGCUGCGCAGGGCGGAGGGUGUGUGCCUUGUGAGGAGGCGUCUGCAUGAUAUGGUGGUUAGUGGUAUGUCAGGGAGCUAUUCGGAGUGACAAUUCAUUAACGUCUAAAUUAGAUUAACGUAUUACAUUCAUUAUUUACGGGCAAAAGAGAGUAAUGACAGUAAAUGGUGAAUUAGCAGCUUUGCUCCAAUGUAAAUAUCUGUUGGAGUAAGAGCUUACACUGAUUCUGACAACAUGUUGGUAGAAAGUCAGGUCCAUUAAUCAUCAGGGAAGGAAGGAGACCUGAGGCGAUGUCUUACUGAAACCGUUUUUGCCUUUUACAGUGCAGCGUUCGAAAGCGGAUCAAAUCUGUGGGACAUGGCACAAGGAAAUAAUUACGGGCAAAGCAGCAACGGGGUGGCUGAUGAAUCCCCAAACAUGCUGGUGUACAGAAAGAUGGAAGAUGUUAUAGCCCGCAUGCAAGAUGAGAAAAAUGGGAUUCCUAUUCGUACAGUCAAAAGUUUUCUUUCCAAGAUCCCCAGUGUCUUUUCUGGUUCAGAUAUUGUUCAAUGGUUAACGAAGAACUUGUCUAUAGAAGACCCAGUGGAAGCUCUACAUUUGGGAACACUGAUGGCAGCACAUGGUUAUUUCUUUCCAAUCUCAGACCAUGUUCUAACACUAAAGGAUGAUGGUACCUUUUAUCGAUUCCAAACACCCUAUUUUUGGCCAUCAAAUUGUUGGGAGCCGGAAAACACAGACUAUGCUGUUUACCUCUGCAAGCGGACAAUGCAAAACAAAGCAAGGCUAGAGCUAGCAGACUAUGAAGCUGAGAGUUUGGCCAGACUACAGAGAGCAUUUGCUCGGAAAUGGGAGUUUAUUUUUAUGCAAGCUGAAGCACAAGCAAAAGUUGACAAGAAGAGAGACAAGAUAGAGAGGAAGAUUCUUGACAGCCAGGAGCGAGCGUUCUGGGAUGUGCACCGGCCGGUGCCUGGAUGUGUAAACACUACUGAAGUGGAUAUUAAAAAAUCUUCAAGAAUGAGAAAUCCACAUAAAACAAGAAAGUCUGUCUAUGGCUUACAAAACGACAUUCGAAGUCACAGCCCUACCCACACACCAGUACCAGAGACUAAACCACCCACAGAAGAUGAACUACACCAAGAGAUUAAGCACUGGCAAAUGCAAUUAGACAGACAUAGAUUAAAAAUGUCAAAAGUUGCAGAGAGUCUAUUAGCUUAUACAGAGCAGUAUUUGGAAUAUGAUCCUUUUCUUGUGCCCCCUGAUCCCUCAAACCCUUGGAUAUCAGAUGACACCACCUUCUGGGAACUGGAGGCAAGCAAAGAGCCAGGACAGCAGCGGGUGAAACGAUGGGGGUUUGGCAUGGAUGAAGCUUUGAAAGACCCUGUGGGAAGAGAGCAGUUUCUCAAGUUCCUGGAGUCAGAAUUCAGUUCAGAAAAUUUAAGGUUCUGGUUAGCAGUAGAAGACCUGAAGAAGAGGCCUAUCCGUGAAGUUCCUGCUCGCGUCCAAGAAAUCUGGCAAGAAUUUCUUGCUCCAGGUGCACCCAGCGCUAUCAAUUUAGAUUCAAAAAGUUAUGACAAAACCACGCAGAAUGUAAAGGACCCUGGAAGAUACACAUUUGAAGACGCUCAGGAGCACAUUUACAAACUGAUGAAAAGUGAUUCUUAUCCUCGUUUUAUACGAUCCAGUGCCUACCAGGAGCUGCUACAGGCCAAGAAAAAGUUGGAAAACACUCUGGAUCGUCGAACAUCUUUUGAGAAAUUCACACGCAAUGUGGGCAGAAACAUCCCUAUUUUCCCAUGCCAUAAAAACUGUACACCAACACUGAGGGCGAGCACUAACCUGUUAUGAAAAGAGGGGAAAUCGCUCACAUCAAAGAGGUUAACCAGUCUAGUGCAGUCCUACUAAAAGGAUCACCUUGUAGCAUGGAAGCAGACUCAAAUCAUUAUACAUACUUUGUAGCUCACUGAUUGCCUGACUCAGAGGACAGUAGAACAAGAUGUUGCAUGAGCAAGGACCUGACUUGUUUUCUUUUGUGUAUACUAAGGCAUUACAGACUCCGAGGGACUCUCUAGCCUUUCGAUGCCUCCAUUUCGAAAACUGUCUGCUCACUUCCUCCUUCAUAUCAAGCUGGAUCUGUGUCUUUUUAUUUUCUGCAAGCUCAAGUACAGUGAAAAAAAAGCUUCUGCUAGGCACAGUUUAUUAAAAAAAUACGUCAAUCAAAAACUGGAAGAAAUGUAAAAAAUGCAUAUAUUAAUAAAUAUACAUAUGGCAUCACAUUUAUUGCACAAUAAAUUAGCACAGAAGGUUUCAUUUCACUGAUGUAUUCACAUUGAGAAAGAAAGCCUGUGUCUUUGUCUGUUGUCUGUAUAUUCUCUGUUAAUGUUUCUUGCAUUUAUUUUUAUACCAUAUUUAAAAAAGAACACCUUUUACUCCAGAUGUAUUAAAGUUGAUCCUUUCUCUGUAAAUUUGUGUAUGUUUAUAUUGUUGUUUUAUCUUUCAUUAAAAGAUGCAGAAUCUC